AAUCGUGCAUUUUAUCUUUUCUUAAAGGUUUAAUUGCUUCAUAGUUCGGUAUUUCAGUCACAGUUUCAAAAAAAACACAAGUAAUUUAAGUUAUUGUUUGUAUUAUUAAACUAUAUUUUAAGAGAUAAAUUUACUUUUUAAUAUAAUUGAGGUCGAUAAACUGUCAAUGUUAAGGGUUAAGGCUUAUACUGCUUUGUUCUUAUAAAGUAAAGACCCGGCCAAGGCGGUGGUGCUGCUGAAUGCCAGACUUAAGAUUUCGUGCUGGCGCUUCACAGACAUUUGCUAGGAUGAAUGGAAGUUCAGCGGUUAGCUACAACGAGCAUAAAUGGAUUAAACCCAUAGACUUGUUGAAUAAUAGCCAGCCUGUGAAGAUAUGUGCACCAAUGGUGAGAUACUCCAAGCUCCCUUUUAGGAUGCUAGUUCGCAAAUAUGAAUGUGAUAUUGCCUACACACCAAUGAUAAUUUCAAACUGCUUUGUAAAGUCUGUCAAAGCUCGUGACAAUGACUUUACUACUUGUCCAGGUGACAGACCCUUGAUAGUUCAGUUUGCUGCGAACAACUCUCAAGACUUUGCGGAUGCAGCAGAGAUUGUUGCUCCGUUUUCAGAUGGAGUUGACCUAAAUUGCGGAUGCCCACAAAGAUGGGCCAUGGCGGAAGGUUAUGGAUCUUGCUUGCUCAAUAAACCCGAAUUGCUCUCUGAAAUGGUGCGACAAACUAGGAACAGAAUUAAGCAGGAUGAUUUUACAGUCUCCAUCAAGAUAAGAAUACAUGAUGAUAUCAGAAAGACGGUGGAAUUGUGCCAACGAGCAGAGAAGAGUGGAGCUUCCUGGAUAACGGUCCAUGGUCGCACAAAAGAACAGCGUUGUCAGCCAGUUAACUAUGAAGCCAUCCGCAUAAUUAAAGAUAGUGUGGGCAUCCCGGUUGUUGCCAAUGGAGAUAUACGUAGUAAGCCAGAUAUUGACAACGUAAGGAAAAUAACCGGGGUUGAUGGUGUUAUGGCAGCGAGAGGCAUGCUGGCCAACCCUGCUAUGUAUGCAGGUUACCAGGAAACACCUUGGCACUGCGUAAGAGAUUGGGUAAAAAUUGCACUAUCUUUGGGGACACCUUUUCAGUGUUUCCAUCAUCACCUCAUUUACAUGUUGGAAAAAAUAAUGGGCCGUGCAGAGAGACGUGUUUUCAACAGCCUGGCCAGCACAUCAGCUGUUAUUGAAUUUCUCAGGGACAAUUAUGGCUUUUAAUUUUGAAAAUAAUGUGUUAUUAAAAAACAGGCAGCAAAGAUUUGGUUUUUUUUCUGUACUUGUCAUCUGUGAUAGUCCAUCAAAACUAUUAUAAUGGCAGCUAAAUCAACCAUUUCAGGGAAUGAGAGUAGUGAACAUUCAAUCUUCUUUAUGGCAUAUUACAUGUCAUGAUUAGCUAUUGAUAAGUUGUUUUACUUUGUACUGAGAUGAGGAUAUUAAUGUACACAUUGCAUUCUUAAAGAAUUGACAAAAUUUUGGGGUGUAAACAUUUUUCAGUUGACUAAAUUCAAUGAGUUAUAAUAAACAUUUUAUGAUAUCUCACAAGUUGUGUGAGGUAAAGGUGUAUGUGAGCAUGUAUUACAGAUAAAUUUAUCUUCCUUUAAACUUCUGUCACCUUGAAAUAAAAACAUUUGGUUCAUGCAAUUGUUUACAGGGCUUCUGCUUACGCCAAAAAUUGCGUACAGUACGCAUUAAAAGUUCGGAGGACCCCUUCAAUUUUCGUCAAUGGGGUCCCCUUCAA